AUGGCGGCGAACGAGGCGGCAGCGACCGCGUCGAGCGGCGCGCCAAAAAACGACAAAACGACGACAUCGGCAAUAUCGGCAACGACAGCGACAAACACACUCUCGUCCGACCAGCAACGGCCAGUAGGCGACGGCGACGAGGUCCUUCCCGAUGCAGACGCGGACGAGCAAGGCCCUGGCGACGGAAUAGCCUCUCAAACGCAACCGGACGCACAGGGCCAAAACGCACAGUCACAAACACAACCACCACCUCCUCCAGGCCCCCGCGCCAGCCGUCUCCAGGCGCUCUUCGCGUCCAGUCUCGACCACACGCUGGCCAAGAUCAGCUGGGACAACUUCGCCGCCUGCUACCCGACCGCGGCCGCCAAGGCGCCACAGGCCCUCCGCACCGUCCACCGCGCCAUGGUCGACCGUCUCGGCGAGCUGUGUGCUGCCGAGUUUGCCGUCGUCAUGCGCAACCGCGACGUUGUGCGGCGGCUCAAUGAGCUGGAGACGUUGUCCGUAGAUGCCCAGAAGCGGCGGUUGGCAGCCACGGCCACGGCCACGGCCUCAGGAGACAGAGGCACAGGCACAGGCACAGGCAGCCCACCCCCACCGCCCCACACCUUGCCUGCCGAGACGGUGCUGGCGGCACACCUGACACCCCAGCGCACGGCCCAGCGGAAGCUGCUGGAAGAGCGGCUGGCCGCCGUGCAGGCGGCCAACACGGCGCGGUUUGCCAGGCUGACAGCGCAGCAGGCCGAGGCGGCCCAGCUGGUGGAGGCGCUGGAGCGGGCCCUGGCGGACGCCGAAGGCGCUGCCGCGUUGCUGGAUGGCGCAAGCGAGAACGGCCACGACGACGGGGUCGACAAUACUCUGGUGGCCGAGUUGGCACGGGAGACGCGGGCUGCCGAAGUGGAAAUGUCGGGGAUUUAG